AUGUCCCUGUUCGUCGCUCGGCAAGACAGGCAGGACAUUCCCCCGAGCCGUAUCCACCACCCGCCUCCACCGCCACAUCCGCCAUCCACUGAACAAAUCAUGCGCAUGUUCAAAGAAAGAAGAAACAACGAUCUGAUUGAGCUAUUGAAAAGUGUGCAAGCUAUGGUUGGGCAGAAUGGAAAACAGAAUGGCCACCACUCUAAACUGUUAGAUUUUCAUAGGACCAGGCCUCCUAGUUUCAGUCAAGUUAUCGAUCCUUUGGAAGCCGAUGAUUGGUUGCGGACUAUCGAGAAAAAGCUUGAGAUUGCUCGCACUGAAGACACCAACAAGGUUCCGUUUGAUACACACUUUCUUGAGGGAGCUGCCGCUAUAUGGUGGGAUAAUGCUAAAGCUAUGUGGCCUGUGGACGAAGAAAUCGCUUGGGCUAAAUUCAAGGAUCAUUUCCGCAAAUACCAUAUUCCCGCCGGUAUUAUGAAGGUCAAGAAGCGUGAAUUCCUCGCUCUCACCCAAGGAAGCAUGUUAGUAAGUGAGUAUCUGCAUAAGUUCAAUCACUUGGCCCGUUAUUCUCUCUAUGAUGUGGCCACAGAAGAAAGAAAGAUCGACAAAUUUCUUGGAGGACUGAAUCAACACCUCAGAUGCACUCUCGGUAUGCUCGACUUUCCGGAUUUCCAGACUCUGGUAAACAAAGCCCUCAUUGCAGAAAGAGAACACAAGCUUGUGCACGACAAUAAGCCCGCUAAUAAUGAUCAUAAGCGCAAGUUCGAGCCUAAGAAGGAUGGUCAGCCAGUGCAGAAGGCUCGUGCCUGGCAGCAGGCUCAGGUUGAGUACAAGCCCAAUUGGUAG